AUGGCUGCUUUUGGACACACAUUCCCCUUCUAUACUGGCCUCAAGCCAAUCUUCCCAAUGGACACCACCUUGGCCGUCAUCAUUGCCAUCUUUCUGACUGCACUGGUCACCUUCAUCAUCAUCCUGCCUGGCAUUCGGGGCAAGAUGAGGGUGUUCUGGCUGCUGCGGGUGGUGACCAGCUUAUUCAUCGGGGCCGUGAUCCUAGCUGUGAAUUUCAGUUCUGAGUGGUUCGUGGGCCAGGUCAGCACCAACACAUCAUACAAGGCCUUCAGUUCCAAAUGGAUCAGUGCUGACAUUGGGCUGCAGGUUGGGCUGGGAGGAGUCAACAUUACACUUACAGGGAUCCCAGUGCAGCAGUUGAAUGAGACCAUCAAUUACAAUGAGGAAUUCACAUGGCGCCUGGGUGAAAACUAUGCUGAGGAAUAUGCAAAGGCACUGGAGAAGGGGCUGCCGGACCCUGUGCUCUACCUGGCUGAGAAGUUCACCCCGAACAGCCCAUGUGGACUGCAUGGCAAGUACCGCCUGGCAGGACACUACACCUCAGCCACACUCUGGGUGGCAUUCCUCUGCUGGCUGCUGGCCAAUGUGAUGCUGUCCAUGCCCGUGCUGGUCUACGGUGGCCACAUGCUGCUAGCCACAGGCAUCUUCCAGCUGUUGGGACUGCUCUUCUUCUCCACGGCCACAUCACUCACACCACCCUGUCCCCUGCGCCUGGGCACUGCUACGCUGCACACUCACCACGGGCCUGCCUUCUGGAUCACAUUGACCACAGGACUGCUUUGUGUGCUGCUGGGCCUGGCCAUGGCAGUGGCCCACAGGAUGCAUCCCCAAAGGCUGAAGGCUUUCUUCACCCAGAGUUCAGGAGAGGAUCCUGCGCUGGAAUGGAAUCCUGAAGAAGGGGGACUCCUGAGUCCUCGCUACCGGUCCAUAGCUGAGAGUCCUGAGCCCCAGGACAUUCCCCUGUCAGAGGCUUCCUCUGAGGCAUGCUGUAAGAAGGAGCAUCCCAGAGAGCCUGACUGUACCCUAUAA